AUGGCUGCUGAAUCAGCAUGUCAAAGCACUGAUGCUUUAAAUGAUCAAGUAAUUUAUGAAAGUACUGUGCUUCUUCCUAAAGAAAAUUUUCACUUCGCAGAUAUUACUAUAGAUAGUGUUUCCAAACGCCUACAAAACCUAAAUGUCUCAAAAGCGACAGGUAUGGAUGGAAUACCUGCGAAUAUUUUAAAACUGACAUCAACCCUUAUUGCUCCAUCUAUAACUUUUAUAUUUAACCUAUCGAUUAGAACUGGUAUUUAUAUAGAUGAGUGGAAAUUGGCUAGAGUUAUACCAAUUUACAAAUCUGAGGAUAAGCGUAAAUGCGAAAAUUAUAGACCAAUUUCAAUUCUUCCCAUAAUAAGUAAAAUAUUUGAAGGGGAAGUUUUUACUCAAAUAUAUAGCUUUUUGAAUAAACAUGCGCUUCUGUCUAAAUUUCAAUCCGGGUUUAGACCAAAACAUGGAACCUUAGGUGCUCUUAUACAAAUGUGUGAUCAAUGGCUACAAGACAUGGAUGAAGGCAAAAUAAAUGGAGUUGUUUUUCUUGAUAUAUGUAAAGCAUUUGACUCGGUGAAUCACGAGAUAUUAUUGGAGAAGCUUAAAACCCAGUUUGGAAUUCACGACAUUGAAUUAAAAUGGUUCCAAUCAUACUUAAGGAAUAGAAAGCAAGUGUGUUCUGUUAAUGAUCAAACUUCUUCUGCAAGAACAAUAAUAUGCGGAAUUCCGCAAGGAUCCAUACUUGGUCCAUUAUUGUUUUUGCUAUAUAUUAAUGAUAUGCCUGAUAUUCUAGAAAGGACAACCCCAUGUCUUUAUGCCGACGACACUCAGAUAUCUUCCUCUUCGCAUGAUUACGAUACAUUGAUUGACAAUUUGAAUAUGGACCUUUCCAGUAUUCAUAAAUGGCUUGCUAAAAACAAACUAAAAUAUCAUAGGAAAAAACAAAAGUCAUGUUUAUUGGAUCUACGCAUAAUCUAAAUCAUAAAAUAGGAAAUAGAGCCGUUGAGAUUAACAAAAUCCCAGUCCCACAAACCAAUACAUUUAAAUGUCUAGGUGUAAAUCUAGAUGAAAAAUUAAGUUGGGAGAAACAUAUUGAUUCUGUAUGCCAUAAGAUUAGCGCUGGAAUAGGAGCAAUUAAAAGAAUAAAACCUUAUGUUCCACACAAAACCUUACAUGAUGUCUACAAAACAUUAAUUCAGCCUCAUUUUGAUUACUGUUCUCCCUGUGGGAUAACUGUGGUUUGGGACUUCAAGACAAAUUGCAAAAAUUCCAAAAUCGAGCAGCAAGGGUGAUUACCGGAGCUGACUACGAUGUAAGAUCGUCUGAAGUCCUAAACAAAUUAGGCUGGGAAACCCUGGCUAGGAGACGAGAACAAAACAAGCUAGUAUUGAUGUAUAAAGUCUUGGGGAACCACACUGCGCCAAACCUUAAAGAUCUUUUUUCUCGGAGAAAUGCAUCGCAGAAUAUUUAUGAUUUACGCAAUAGCGAAACUGAUCUCUCGUUAAAAAAACCGAAAACGGAAUUUCUAAAGAAAACAUUUGGAUACAGUGGAGCAAUUCUAUGGAAUAGUCUGCCGCAAGAUGUCAAGGCGGCUGAGUCAAUUACGUCAUUUAAAACAAUGGCGAAAUUGCAUUUAAGCAGAUGAUAAGCUAAUUUCUCCAGGACCAAAUGAUGGGAGGACAAUAUAGAUUGUGGGCGGGAGGGGGGUUAGUUUUGCGUGAGGGUGGGUGGGUACUUGUUUAGGGGGUGGAGGUUUGGGAGGAAGAUGAUAAUAUUUUAGGGUGGGAUUCUUACAUAUUUUGUUCUAUAUAUAAUUAACAUUUAGCUCUUUGUGUGUAUACGCCCUUCGUGGAAACCAGUUGUAAAUAAUUGUCGAAGUUAGCGUAUUGAAAUAAAGUUUUACAUACAUUACAUACAUACAUUCUAAUUGUGUUCUAUUUCUAUGCUUGUUAGGGUCAAUCUGGCCCACCUGGAGCACAAGGAGAUCCUGGUAUUUCUGGGUCAUCUGUAAGUGAUUUUUAAUAUUUUUUGCUACAGAUCUAACCACUUUAUCAAGGGAGGCUUGAAACUGGGAAUUUUGAAAAAUUUUGAAGUUGAAAAUUUUCAAUUUUUAAAAAUGAUAUUUUCGGAAACUUUCUGUCCGUGGAAAAUUUUCUUGAGUCCAAAUGGGCCUUUAUUCUUUAGGAUCACAACUGUUUCAGGAAGAGCAAAAUUUCUCUCAAUUCACCUCAGGUCCUUGGUUCUCGAGUAUUAUGUAAAAACUAAUCCCUCCCCUUAGGCAGUUGCGAUAUAUCGAUAUUUUCGAUAAAUAUCAAUAUUUCAAAAAUAUCAAUAUUGUAUAUUCGAUUUUUCGCAUAUCGAAAAUAUGGAAAGUUGUAACUAAACAACUUAAUCUCCGAUUAUUCGGCAAUUUUUGUUUUCACCGGUGAAGUUUAGACAACGUGCGUAUGGCGGCAAUUGCGAAUUUAUGAUACAAGUGCGUGGGCAAUUGAAAGCUGUGACCACAAAAGAUCACCAAGCAGUGGCAUUGAACGCUUGAAAUUUUAUAAACAUAUUAUAUAUUUUAAGCUUAUUAUAUUUUGUUAUAUAUCUUUAAACUUUUAUAAACGGAUAAACCGUUGUUAAUAAAUCUUUGAGACGUACCAUGACUGGUUUCAUGCGCUUCUUUUUAACUGUUUGUGAUGCGUAUACAUGAAAAAAAAAAGAAAAAAAAAGAAAAAAGAAAAAAGAAAAGAAAAAAAAGUUGACUAAAUUACGUUUUCUCAUUUGCACAAUUCGAUAUAGUCGAUAUUAUCGAUAUAUUUUUUCGAUAUCGAUUUUUUUCAAUAUCGCAACUGCCUACCUCCCCUCCAAUCCACAACUAUCACCAUUUCUUGCCAUGAAGAUAAACUUACACUAUACUUGAAAAAUUUUUAGGGCCCUCCAGGAAGAACAGGACGUCAAGGUGCAGCAGGUCAACCGGGAUCUAAAGUAAGUGGAGCUGUAAUUUAUUUAACAGAUAUUAAUGGCUUAUUGACCGAGCGUGAGGUCUGUACUGUGAAAUAUCAGACCGAGGUUUUUUAGUAUGGACCGAGCGACGAAGGAGCGAGGUCCAUGCAAAAAACAGAGGUCUGACAUUUCACAGUACAGACCAAACAAGCGAGGUCAAUAAUCGGUUUAUUAUAUGGCUGAACUGAGUCUGUGAGCAUAUGCUUUUCGCGCGAAUUAAAUCGGCUAUCGUCAGUUUCACUGGGUAACAAUAUACAGUAGGCAUGCAUGCUCAAUCAAAAACAAUUUGGUUGUUUGAAAUUUUUAUCUGUAAAUUUUAAUGACACACAAUUGGAAAUUUAAAAAGCAAAAAUUUUUUCUGUUUGCAAAGCAAAAAUUUCCCGCCAGAUAAACGACAUCCGGGACACUGGUCCAGAUACGGAAAAUACGGACCACCGUCCGGAUAUGGGUUUUUACGGACCGCUUGUCAACCAAUCAGAAUAGAGAAUUUUGAAAAGCCAUAUAAUAAUUAUUGAAUGAGGUUGAAUAUGAUAUUGGGAAUUAUCAAGGCCGAGGUUUGUGUUAUCCUCCGAAGCCGAAGGCCGAGGUUAACACAAACCGAGGCCUUGAUAAUUCUCGAUAUCAUAGGAAAACCGAAUUCAAUAAUUGUUUUAUUAUAUUUUAUAUGGAAUUUUCGCGCGCUUUUUAGCAAACAAUGGACCGUGCCGGAGCUUGGUAACCACAGCAUGCAAUAAUACUGACCGAACUUCGGUCCAAAAAAAGUAUUAUUGCACGCUGAUGGCAUCAGCAGCUGAACAAUGGAUCGCGCCGGAGCUUGAUAACCGACCGAACUUCCGUCAAAAAAUAUUGCACGCUGAAGGCGUCAGCAGCUGAAAUAACGCGACGUCUUCAAGAUACCGAGAAUUAUCCGACGCGAAUAGACUUUGAAUCACGAACGACAUUAGACUUUGAAUAUAUAAUAAUAUGGUUUAUCAACUAAUAUAUAAUUAUUGUUUUUUUAUAGGGCGAUCCAGGUUUCGCUGGUGUGAUGGGACGUACUGGACCUGCCGGAGCCAAGGUAUAAUACAAAUGGCAUAAUUUCUGAAAUCGGCGUCUUGAAAUACGACAUCUAUUAAAUCUGAGCACUGUGAGUGUAAAAAUUGCGAAAAGAUACUGGGAAAAAUUCUACUUCUGACCCAGGUUUGCAGUUAGUUGAUGCCACUUGCAGGUAGCGCGGUUACCGUGAUCCCAAUAUCUGACAUUCUGACACCCAUGGUUUGAUAGAGAUUUCGUCUUAACAUUAUUUCAUUUGAUUUUUCUCUGAAUCCGUAUAUAUUUGAUAGGUAUGAUAGCGCGUGUGGGAUGUAUAGCAUUUAGAACCACUCGCCUUGGGCUUGUGUUUUUCAUUUGACCUCCCAUGUUUUGGCACACUUUGACAGAAGUAUUUUGUGGAACACAUAUGAAUAUACUUUCAUUGUUUUGUAGGGUGAUCAAGGUCUGCAAGGACCACGUGGAAGUCUUGGAGCUAAAGGAGCGAGGGUAAUGUAACAAAAUAUUACAUGGAGACUACAGUAUAUGCAUGAAUUCGUAGCUGCAUACGGGAAUUCGUGCUGGAAUUAUUUCAUGCAGUUUCGGCGUGUGAAUUCAACAAAAAAACUAUUCAACAAUAAAUAAUCUUUGAAAAUUUCUAAUAGAUUCCUCAAAAUCCUUAAAAAUCCAUAUGAAAUAAAAUUCUAAAAAUCCCAACAAAUCCCGAACAAAUAUCCCGAAAAACCCCAUAAAAAUCCCAAGGGAUUUUCAAAAUCCACAAAUUCUCUUUCAAAUCUGCUUUUCAAGUCACUGCUAAAAUAACUGGCAGGCAGACGCUGAUUAUUCCUGAUCACAUAAUGCAGAUAAUUAAAUCAAAAUAACCAAUUAUUGACCGAUGAAUUGCCACUAUUAAUCAGGGUUCGUACGGGUCCUGGAAAACCUGGAAAGUCAUGGAAUUUCAAUAUUCCAAAAUCCAAGCCUGGAAAUCUGGAGAAUCAAUUUUAGUCAUGGAAAGCCAUGGAAAAUUGAAAUUUUACAUAACAUUAACAAAGUAUUUUACUUAUUUCAAUUUACCAGUCAUAACAAUAAUAAGCAAUUAUUGGAUGAGGCUGAGCAUGAUAUCAAGAAUUAUUCAGACCGAGGUCAAUGUUAUCUGCCGAAGCGAAGCUGAGGCGGAUCACAUAGACCGAGGUCUGAAUAAUUCUUGAUAUCAUGCGAAAGCCGAAUCCAAUAAUUGUUUUAUUAUACAUUUAAAGACAUGAGAAACGUAUAAAACGAUUCCUGUUCAUGAGGUAGCAAAAGUACAAUUUGAAUAUCAAACACCUUGCACAAAGUCAAAGGUCAGCUAAAUAUUCUAUUUCUACUUCUAUUUAGCCCUUUGUGGCUUUUUUCGUGCUUUCACUAUCCUUAUCUGCCAAUAAUUUGGAGAGUUCACUUUCAUUCAGCGAAGCAAAUCUGCUGUAGGCCAUUGUUUGUUUGUUUUUUUCCGCGCGCUUAUAGGUUCAAGCUUUUGGCCGCGCAAGGGUUUGGGCACGAGAGAGUCCAAUAAUUUUUUUUUUGGAUGCAAGUUCGAUCCAAAAAAACAAUUAUUGGACGCUGAUGACGUCAUCGGUGGAAAAUACGUAAUAAAUGCCGAAUACUGAAAAUUAGCCGGUGCUUUCUGACCAAUUAGAAACGAGAAUACAUAUUAAAUGUAUAAAAAUAAGAAUUGCGUAUGUAUUUUACGUUUCUGCUUAACUUUUUUUAAAACAUUACAGGGUAGAGAUGGUGACUCUGGUCCCAAGGGUAGCACAGGUGCAAGGGUAAGUAUGAAUAUUUGGUUAUAAUUAAAAAGUUAAAGUUGUCCUUCAGUAUAUCAUUAAAUACGAAGUCAAUUGGCGCCAACAAGCUAUUGUUUAAAAUAAAAUUUUUAUUUGUUUGAGCUUUUGUUGUCAUCAAAAACCAUGAAAUAUAAUGAAACUAUUUCUGAUGAUAUCAGCUCGAACGAAUAAAAGUAUUAUUUUAAACAGUAGCUUGUUGGCCUCAAUUGAUGAUUUUACUCAUUCGUAUUAGGUGAUGAUUUAUUUAAUUAAAAGCAAAUUUAAAGAGAGUUUCCAUACAUAUGUCUGGAAAGGUGGUUAGGAGUGUGGAUUAUAGCAAUGUCGCUUGGGUCUGACAAAUGUCCGAUCAACCGUGCAGUUGCUCGGGGAUUGGCUAAUAAUGGUCAUCCAGCUUUUCAAUAUAUUUACAUUCAAUGGACCUUUCACCUUUUGACUAAAAUUUAGAUCUCAACAAGUCUAGACAAAAAUUUUAUCACAGCUUGAAAGAGCAUCACAAAAUUAGUAAUAUUCCAAAGUUUCGUUGCGAAAUGUUGUAAAAUGCGGAUAAUAUAGCCUUGCGAAGUUUGCAAUUUUCAGUCAUAUUGUUUUACGCGCGUGAAAUACAUACAGUAUACCCUUUUUCCGAAGGAGGUAUGUAUUUCACGCGCGUAAUACAAUAUGACUGAAAAUUGCAAACUUCGCAAGGCUAUAUUAUCCGCAUUUUACAACAUUUCGCAACGAAACUUUGGAAUAUUACUAAUUUUGUGAUGCUCUUUCAAGCUGUGAUAAAAUUUUUGUCUAGGCUUGUUGAGAUCUAAAUUUUAGUCAAAAGGGGAAGGUCCAUUGAUCAACCUGCAUCGGAAUCACAGGGCUGCAGGUUCGAUUCCAAACAGAGGCCCCAUAGUCUAAAAUUGUAUAUAAUCUUCUGCUUGAAAUUUCCAUCUUCAAAAUUUGUUCAAACUCUUUGUUAAAUUUUUAGGGAACCCCAGGCCCUCCUGGACAAAAUGGUGUUGAUGGAACACCUGGUAGUCAGGUAUGUAUUAUCAAACAUUUUGUGUAGAAGAGGAUUUCGACUGGUUGCGAACUUUAAAUAACACAGAGUAGAGACAUACAGAGCUGUAACUGACCGUCGUAAACACUGCGGAAGCUUACGUUUUCAUGUACCCACUUGUAAAUUUGUAUAGCAAACCAUGCCACAAGUGCAUGAAGUACAACGUUGUUCCAUAGCCUAUCAAGAUAUGAUGGUCUGGAAAGAAACUCAUUGUGUUGUGUUUUGUCUAAUGUUAUGUUAAUUUGUGCACGGUCACGACAAUUGAGGUCACGACAAUUGAGCUCAUUGUAUUUUCGUCUAAUAAUAAAUAAUCGUCCAAUUGGGAUAGACGAGGUGAAACUUGCAAACACAAUCAUAAUAUUUAAUGAGUUAAGAGGGAUUUGUGCCCGAUGAGGUACAGUUCAAUAUCAAGCAAAGAUCUUCUAUUUUGUGGCUUUGAUGUUUGCAGGCUUCCAGACCCUCUACCAUGACAGACUACGGUUGUUUUACGAUUGAUUUUGCAAAGUGAAGAGGGAACAUACCAAAGCUACUGUAUUGCUUUCGUAAUAAACCUUCAUCAACGUUGUUUUCGUAAUUAAAUUUGAUAAUGUGAAGUGUGAACAUUAGAUGACUUUAUCAAUCUUUCUAAAGGCGUUAUGUUUGUUGUAUUACGUAAUUAUGUUGUUUAACGUAAUUGUGCUGUAUCGUAGGGAGCUAUUGGAAAUCAAGGUCAAGUUGGAACACCUGGUGUAGCUGGUCAAGCUGGUCCACCUGGUCCACCUGGUCCUACUGGACGCAAGGGAGAGCAGGUUAGGCUAAGUUAAUUGAUUGUUUCAUUCAUUGUUAGUUAGGUAAAUUAUUCAUUUACUUGAGUAGUUUACUGAUAUUUAUCUCAUCCACUGUAAUAUAGACACUUUCUCAAAUAUGAAACAAUAUCUUCAAAUCAAAGUGGACAAUGAAAUCCAGUAAAUUUGGGAAUUGUCUAUUGAUUGACUUUCAGAUUUUUAUUAGCUAGCUGAUUGAUGAACAGCUGCAUUGAUUGGUUGACCAGUGAUUGAUUGACAAUUAAUUAUUGAAUAAAUUUAUAUUGAUCAAUUUAUCGAUUCAUUGGAAUUUGCUCAAUUUUGUUUCACUCUAGGGUCCUGAAGGUAUACAAGGUGAGGUUGGCGCUGAUGGUGCAAAGGGAGAGAAGGUUAGUAUUCAAUUUUGUUCAUUUUCCACAGUCUGGUGUAACUUCUAUGUGAAUCAUGAAUAGAUUGUACUUACAGUACCAUUAGAUCACACUGAUUCUCGCUACAUGUGAAUAAGAGAAAGGAUAAGUCGUGAAACAGUUUGUUUUGCAAUAAUCUUAAUUAUUGUACAUUUUAAAAACUGUCCAGUACAGCAAAUAACUUGGUCAUACAAUAGCACAAUUUGGAGAAAUAACUUCAAGAUGGGUGGUGUUUUUUGGUAAAUUUUUAGUAAUUCACAGUACUUACAAAACAACCAGCAUGUCAGCCUGAUAUAUAUUUAUUGCUUAUACUUAUUAACAAUGUAACACAAACGUAAAUUAGUAUGCAGGAUAAGCAAUGCUUUUUAGGUGUAUUUUAACCAACAUUUCUUCAACAAAUGAUAUGUUUUAGGGUGACCAAGGUGUAGUAGGCGCUCAGGGACGUCCCGGAAAUGAUGGUGAAGAUGUAAGUUACCAACGGCAUAACGAAAUAGCUGAAUAGUUUAUAAGAUAAGAUAUAUUAUGUAGGAUUCAUUCCAACUUUAGUUCCAGUAAUAUAUAGUAUCGUUCUCGAAACCGAAUUAUCGAGCACGUUUCAAAACUUUGAGUGAGAUGCCGGUGUCACAGGAGAUUCGCCCCCGGCAUCUCUCGCUUGCUUGCCUGAACUUUUUGUGCCUCGUAUUUGAUGCGUGGCAGAUCAAUCUUUUACUCUUUAGACAGUUUCUAGUUGUAGUUAUGUCUCAGUAGACAAAAAAGUAUCUUAUGGACCCUGGCGUUACUUUAAAAUUAAAAUUAAAAGAUAAUGUACGUGACUCGAUAAUGUGCUGGUUUGAUCUGCUGUAGUUGUGCAUUCCGUAUAUCCACUAGAAUCACGGUCCUCAAAUUGAAAUUCCGAAAAUUAGAAAACAUGUUGCAGACGUUUUGCGACGUUAAGUUUGAUACUGUAAAUAUUACGUCUUGAAGAGAUGGGGUAAUUGCACAAUGGCUGACACUAGUGGGAAGUGCCUAUGGAGUCUUAGCGCACUAAAUAUCAGUUCACAGUGUCGUUUUAUUUGUUACGAUAGAUGCAUUACUGAUGUUUUUCCUGUUUUCAGGGAGCUGAUGGAGAGUCAGGUUUGGCUGGAGAAACUGGACCUCAGGGAGCUCAGGUGAGUCGAGGGCAUCAAAUUCUUAGCGUUAUCUUGUAUGGUACAGUAUAUACGUUCUUAUCUACUUUCUAUAAAAUGGACAUAUUCGUGUUAGUAUACAUUCGUACUAUAGCCGAAUUCAUGUCUCUAGUUUCUCACUGCAUGGUAUCUGUUUUUCCAUGUGUCAGGUUUUAUUGUCACUAUUAAGGGAACACUGUAUGUUCAUUAUGUCCUGUUGUAAUAACUAUAACCUUACGUGUCUAUUUUCGUAUUAUGUCUUUCUUUUUUUCGAUAUAUCAGUCUUUCUCUUAUACUCGCUAAAUUUACAUAUUUUUUCUUUUAUGCCUCCUAUAUAUAUUUAUAUAUCAGUAUAAAUUUUAUAUGCUCUUGAAUUUGGACUAAAACGAAUAUGGUGAUGUAUUCAUACUAACUGCAUAUAUGUUUAUGUUAUCAGGGUGAACGUGGUGAACAAGGUCUUCAAGGCCCUACAGGUCCACCUGGAAACAAAGUGAGUACAUAUAUUACAUUCACACAUAAUUUCUCUCUCCUUAAUUCCAGUGAUGCAGGUGUACCCCAUGUACAUGGCUGCUAAUUUCCCGACAUUCAUGCAAGCCCGGCUGGUCAGCCCACCCUUAGUCAAGUCAAAUAUAUAACAUAUAAUCUUGUUAUGAUAUAACUAACAAGGUGUUAGCUUGGAAUAGCUAUUAUCACAACAAAUUCGUAUACAGUGCAGGAACAAUCCAAUAAAAACCCAUGUAAACUAAACAAAAAUAUUUGCACAAAGACACUACAAUGGCAUACUGUUAUGGCAUAGGAAAAGAACAUCAUUUUCAUUCCAAUUGACUCUUGACACAUCAGAAAUAUAGUUUAUAUUCGCGCAGUAUUUUUACGUUAUUUGUCACACGUUUCAUUCCUCACAACCACAAUGUUGUCUCAUGUACAAUCAUCAUUUGUAGGGCUACCAAGGAUCUGACGGCGAGCCUGGAAAGCGUGGUGAACAGGUGAGUGAAGCUGACUAAGAGGCGACCAUAGUAGACCCUUCUACCAAAAUUUUGUAUUGUAACGUAGUAAGUAAGUAAGUAAGCAACUAAAAUCUUUAUUUCAAGAGGGUAAACACAUAAUAGCUAAAAAGCUAAUAAAACUUGUGGCACUCAAACAUGCAUUUCCAAAAAAGAUGGGACAAUUCGUGAUUAGUCAAUCGAUAAUUAUGUAUUAUGAAUCGAUAAUUAGGAUUUGGUGCAGGGAGGAAAUUAUGAGCGAAUAAAAAAUGAUAAAUAAAUUAGCCACUCGUAUAUCUAGCACUAAACUUUCCGCUGUAAUGCCUUCAAGGUGCGUUUACUGUGAGAUCUAGAGAAAAAUUAAUUAAUUUAUCAUUUCUCGGAUUCGCGUCUGUUGUCAUCGCAACCUUUCCUCCGUAAUCUCGGCGUCUUCGAUUCUAAAACGUAAAUUUAAACCAAACUGUUUAUGUUUACAUUCAUUUUAAUUAUAAAGCUUAGUCAAUCAGUUCAAAGGUAGACUACAAAAGGUAGACUAUAAAAGCAAUUAUUAGUGUAAACACUAACAAUUGUUUUUGAAGAAGAAAUUAGAAGUAUUUAAGAACUGUUUUACCCGUUGAAGACUGCAGAAUAUCUUCGAAAGCUCGCAUACUGGAUAAAUAUUUAAAACCAGAGUACGUCUAAAAAACUUAUUAGGUUUUUUCCUUCUUUCAUACUACAUACUGCAUAUAAAAAAAAACACUUCAGUUCCCGCCAAAUUUUGAUCUAAAGUUUUAGUCAAACAAUGUUUUAACAUUUCAUUUUUAAACUUCACUAGGGGGGUCAAGGAGAAGCUGGUGAACAAGGUGCACGUGGAUUUUCGGUAAGCAUUUGAAAUUAUAUAUUUUUAUAUAUUUACAUUCAUAUAGUUUGUCUGUUCAUGGCAACCUGAUUAAAUAUUUGGCAUAUUGUCAUUCAGGGGUGUAGGAACAGGGGGACACGUUCCCCUUUUUGUUUGGAAAUUUCGAUGUUUUCAAAACAAUUUAGUCAAAAACGUUCAUUGUACGUUGCAAUUCGGUAUAGUAUGACCGGAAAAUGUUUGUUUGAAAGAUUUUUAAAGUGCCCUUUUCUUCAUUAUCCAAAAGUGCCCCUGGAAGCUGCCCCCCCCCCCCUCCCCCAAUCUUUUGAUGCUUCCUACGCCCCUGUUGUCACUCGCUACUCUGGUUAAAGUUCCAGUAACAGUCAUUAUGGCCAGAGCGUCGCAUAUACACAUGAAUCAUAUGCUUUGAAUAGAGGUGACAGUAGCUCUUUUCUACAAGAGUAUCUGCGCCUUUUCGAGCGGUGACGUCAUCCAUCUAGUAUAUAAGGAGCGGCGUUGCGACUUUACAUCACUCCUAUUGACAACACUACACUGGGCAUUUACAUAAAUAAAGUAGCGAACAAAAACAUGUUUGAUAUAUCUAUGUAUUUAGUUACCUGCAAGAUUUUAUGCCCCGCUGCCCUCUCCAUCCCAUUUUGGAAGGGUGAAUACCUGUCCCAAUCCAAUGAAUGGGGGAUGUGAAGAAAAAAGGACUUGAGAAGAUUGAGUAUAAUGCCUACUUAAUUCAAAAGAAUAAAAUUCAAAUUUUAAUCGUGAUCAAGAGUUGAUUUUCAAUUUUUACCAGACAUUUUUUAUAAAGACAAAAUCGUUAAACGAUUAAAAAUUGACAUAUUGACCUUUGAAGUAGACUGCCGGGUUUGGUUCAGUUUGUGAUAUGGAAAAUAGUUUCAGUCGCUUGAGGUAAAAGAGACUCACUUUUUGUUAUUUGGCUGCCAAUAACGGAAUGUAAGUCGUGAAUUAAAUUUAUUUACCACCAGGGGACAGUCCACAAAGGCAGCCGUCUGAUUGGUUGGAAUAAGCUGUGAAAUUACAGAUAUGGACAGAAAUUACAUUGAGCAUUCUAAAAAUGUUCUCUUUUUUCUGGUUUAUCUCAUUUAUUGACACCUGGAUUAACCCGAUUGGGCAAUCAAAAAUGAACUUUUGUUUGUGCGUGAUAAUUUUGCCCCCGGGCAAGUGUAAAGUUAUACCACUGCGUAGCACGCAACCUUUAAAGCCCUUUUCUUAGGAUAACUUUUUCCAAGGGUCGAUAGAAACGAACAGGAUUACAAAACCAGUUAUAUAUAAACCUCUGUACAGCAGCAUCUUACUCUUAUAGUUAAACGAUUUUUAUAUUGAUGUUCUCUAGGGCCAACCUGGAAAACCUGGUGCACAAGGUGAAUCUGGAUCUGAUGGACAACCGGUGAGUCUGUAAUACGCCAUACUUAACCAUGUUUGCCCAGUUGACUGAGUGAUCACCAUGCAAGUGGUAAAAUCUUCACACCAAUAAAACCAACUGGUGGAAAACCUUUAGCAGCAAACACAACAAAAAUCUUUUGCCCCAUUAUAUAUUUGCACCUAAACAAACAUUUUGAAAUGUUUAUUGGUUGCCGUAGCAACACACUAGAGACCAGGUCUCUCCUCUAUUUGACUGAGACCUGGCAACUAGUGUGUUGCCAUCAACAACAAAUAGACAUUACUAAAUGUUUGCUUAGGUACACUUACCAACUGUACCAAAUUUUAUUCAAUUUUGUUGAAUCGCUUCUGAGAUAUCAGACGUUUUUUGAUGCCGUCUUAAACACAACCUGUGACGUACACAAAAAUACAAAAUGCCCGAUAACUUGGGAACGAGAUGAGCUGUGAAUAAAUUGUUAAUGCCAUCUUCAUAAUGUUCAAGAUGAUAAAGAGAUGCAUGAAAAUGAGGGGGGGAUUUCGUGUCAUUGUAAACUUUAAGGAGCCAACUUAAGGGCAAUUACUUCUUGCCCGCAGUAAUUGGCAAUUACCCUGUUGCGGAUUCCCUGCCACUGUAAUAUGUACAAGGCGAAUUAAAUAAAUAAAUAAAUAAAUAAACGUCUACCAGUUGUUUCGUAUUUAUCAGUAUUUCAAAAAAGUAUUAUUUCAAUGGUAUUACUCUCGCGGUAAUGUUUAACGAACAAUGUCACUAUUUAGGGACCUCACGGCUCCACCGGAAAUCCUGGUCAAAUGGGACGUCGUGGUCCAAUGGGUUCCCCCGGCGCACCUGGUCUGUCGGGUGAAAAUGGAGUGAAGGGUAGCAAGGUAUGGUCAUUACAGUAUCACCCCCAGGGUAAUGAAAAACUAUCUCAAAUUGCUAUGAAAUAGGUAUAAUCAUGUACCAUCAUUGUUAUAACUGAUAGAAAAUAGACAUAAUCAAGAAAGCUGGUGAACUUCAAAUAGUUUCACAAUCGAACUCUAUACUUGAAAGUGCACGUUUGAUUUUUUGAGCUUCAAUUUUGAUGUUUUACAUUUGCUCUUUAAUGUUUGGGAAUGCUUUUUCUAAAUCGUUCAAAUCAUGAUUAUUUUCUUUAACAGUGCACUGCCUCGACUAACUAGUAACUACAGUAACUAAUUAACGCGUAGUGACAUAUUAAUUGACUUAACGUGAUAUAACCAAAGUUUGGCAGUAUUGAGCUUUCAAAACUGUUAUCGAUAUUUGAAAAAUGGAAUUUUUGUAUUGAAUUACGUAAUAAUUGAACGGCAACAUGCUUCUACUGUUUGUGACAAAUACUAAGUUAAAAAAUGUUUAAAUAAAAAUAACCUUGGAUUUAUCAUACUUUAGGGUCCGAAAGGUAAUGGUGGUCGUAAUGGCAAGUCUGGUCAAGAUGGUCGUCCUGUAAGCAUUUUAUCCCAUAUUAAAUAUUUUUUAUGGUCGUGUCAGAGAACUCCCCCUUCAUCACUGAGUUAAACUUUGUGCUUGAAAACUCAAGGUGAAGAGUUUAGAUGAUCCUCUCUAGACUUUUAAUUGCAGGAAAAGCUUCAGUCUAAUUUUGGUUAAAAUGCAUUGUUCAUAAAGUUAAAAAGUUUCGCUUAUGCAAUUUAACCCAUGUUGGUCUCUUGGGAAAACUAUACGUGCCUCUGUUUAACAAUUCUAAGUCAAAAUAUGAGGAAUAAGUAGUCGAAUUUUAUCCUGAAAAGAAGGCUUGAACUUUGUAUACUUUGAAUGUUGGAAACUUCAAUAAGCGUCCGCUAAUGAGAGAUUUAGUCACUAGAUAAAAUGCCCAUUAAUGAGAUGCUCGACUGUACUUUCCGAUAUAUGUUUGCUUUCAAAUCUGACUACACUAGUAUUGAUGUAUUUUUUGUUAUAGUAUUGAUGUAUUGCUUUGUUAUCUCACAGGGUAGAAACGGUAAUCCCGGUCUUCAAGGAGCUGCUGGUCCCAACGGUCCUAAGGUAUGUCACAGUUAUUCUUGCAGGUAUGCAGGUUACGUUGUUGUCAAUGUUUAGCUUUCUAUGGAUAACACGAUCAGAUGUACAGGGGAGAGGAAUUUGCAGUUACAUCUUUAUGUUUCACAGACGAACAAAAAUAUUGUUUAUGGAUAGGGUUGUAGUUGGAGUCAUGAUCAAAGAAGAAUAUAUUCGUGUGCAAAACAUGAUAUUGGCAAACAAACGGAUGCAACCUAGUUCGCUCCGGCCUCAUAUUCUGCCCAAAAAUAUGUGUUGGAUUUUCCAUUGGACCGGUUUAUCGUCAUGUGUAAUGGACCUAUUCCCUAAUGAACAAAAUUUUGAUCUAGACAAAAAAUUUAUCAGGGAAUAGGUCCAAUGAAGUGUUCUUCAAACAUGCAAAUACCAUUGUCUGACCUCCAAACCUAAUUCACUUCAGUACAGCACUUACACGAGAAUAUCAGUGUUUGGAAUUAUUCUUGAUGCAUGGUAAGACCUUUUGCUAUUAUAGCAUUUAAUACUGAAAAAUAAUUUCCCUACACAUUCUACAUUUAAAUAAAUAUUUAAAAAAAUAACUAAGAAAAUUAAGAUACCAAAUUGGCGAAGAAAGGGGUUAUCAACAGGCAGAAUGGCCAACGCUAGAAUUAGUCCGACCUCCUGGACUUCCAUAAACUGAAGUCAGCCUGCAUAGUUUCCCAACCGAAAAGGAACACAAACGAUUUUUUUCUAUUCAACAGGGUGAACGAGGUGAUCCUGGAAGUCGUGGUGGUGAUGGAGAUAGUGGUCCACGUGUAAGUUUAGAAUGUUUUUGAAAAUUACUUAGGCAAAAAUAUAACUCGGCGGAAAAAAUCUGGGUGUAAACCUAUGCCUUUGUGACACAAAGAAAAUGUUAAUUAAGAAAAACCCAACAUUAUUCUUUAUGACAUGUAUGAAAUGUAUUUGCCAUUGGAUUUUUUGGCACUCUGCAGUUACAUAAAGAAGUUUAUGUCGAGUUUAGAUGCCUUGCAAAUUUUAGAACAAACUUUAUUGGACAUUUUAAGUCUACAAUGUAAUUUUAGCAACGAAAAACCAUAAUAUAAUGUGAUUUUCUAGUUAUUAAUGUGCAAAAUUGGAACUGCUCGAAAGUAUCGCAUCUAUUGUGUGCGAGAAAUUAAAUCGCGCAAAUUUCAGACUAAAAUUAGUAUCACGCGAGUUUAAAUUGUGAUCAUUAUUUAUCCCAUGUUUACUUCUUAGGGUGUCCCAGGUAAUGCAGGUAUCAUAGGAGAUCAAGGCCAAACAGGAUCACCGGUAUGUCGUACUACAUUUUAAUGAACCUAUCUAGUACUGUAGACCAGUGAACUCUAAUAAUAACUGGAAGGCUAAGUCAGGGGGGGGGGGAAGUUGAAGCCGUGCUUGAAGCUUUUUUUGUAGGUAGACCCAGUCCUUUUUAAAUUUUUUUUUCAAAAUAUGCACAUUUUUUGAUCAGAAAAAUCUUGCCCCAAAAUAUUAGUUAUACUACCAAAUUUAAUUUAUAUCAGUAGUAUGAUAAAUGAAUUUAAUAUUCGCAAAGCAAACAAAUCACGAAUUAGCAAAAAAAAAUGCGAAAAACACGACCAUAAGCAUGAACGGUCUGAAAAACCGCGCGUUUUAGGCUGCUUUUUCUGAGUUUUUGGAAGUUUAAGAUAAAACUAAGACGUCAUACCUCAGGAAUUUUUUAUACCCAUGCAAAAUACAUCUGUAUGCGAAGUUUCAAGAAGAUUUAACGUUUUAAGGUCGAAAAAAAAAGCAUUUGAAAAUUGACAAAAAUAUUGCCAUAUUCAAAGUGCUCAUAGUGGCCAACAAGAUGCCGAUGACGAAAAUAACAUCACUUGAAAAACGCCAAUUUAUUUAUGUUUAAGAGCGACUAAAACAAGGACUAAAAGCUCAGGAUCAAUAACAAUACCUGGGGUUUAGUACAACAUAAGUUUUGGGACUGUCAAAAUGUUUUAUAGUAUAUAUUUUUGAGUUGAACGGCGAGAUUUCCUUCGGCACGUCCAAACUUUCGUCAUUUUUUCAAAAUACAAAAGCAAAAUUCCUUACUUUUUGCUGCAGAGAGAUGUAAAACAGUCGGAACUAAUCGGAAACUUGGUUUAAAUCCCAAUCAUUGUUGUAUUCCCAUGGGAAAAGUGUUUUUCUUGCAAAUUUUUGCUCGAAAACAAACUUUUAACAGAAUUUUUUUUCACUCCUCGAAACUCUCCUUAGUCCUUUUGAAAGCUGAUUUUCCCGCGCGCCGGCUUCAACGAAUCAUAGACUUUCAUCAUAGGAGUUAGCCUUCCAGUUAUUAUUAGAGUUCACUGCUGUAGACACAUUGUUUCCAAGCCAUAUUUCCUGCAGAGGGUGGUCAAGCAUUGAAAGAUAUCAAUGCUUCCUGGUUUGCCAAGAGCUUGAUAGCUGAGUAGCAAUCUAUAUUUUAUACUAAGAUCAAUCUAUCUAUAAAGAAGGUACAAGGGAAUUUCAGCCAGGUUUUUGUUGACUUCAAAGUUUCCAGAAAGAACUGCAGUAAUAGCGCCUUCGUUAAUAUUAGUCAUGUAUGGAGCCGGAAAUACUACGAAACUUGACAGUAGGUCAAUAUUGGAUACCAGAUAUUGGAAGCAAAUACCAGACGAUCUGUAGAGAGCGCGAUUUAGAUUAAAGGGGCAGUGUCACCAAUUUUUGGCCAAAAAUGUCUUUUAUUCAAAGUCUGACCUGCGAAUUUAAAAAUAAACACUAUAAAUAGGUUCAGUUAUGAUAUACGAAUCAUCUUUGAACUUCCACACAGCAUGUAAGACGACGUGUUCAUAUACGAAUUGACCUAAAACUUGAAAAAGUGUCCGCCAACAAUUAAUCAAGAUGUCAUUUACAAUCCAUCUCAAUGAGUCAAUCCUCACCUAAUCUCAACCAUGCAGACUUCUGUACAUGCUUUCUGUAUUUGUUAUUGUUUUCUGUAUUUGUAUUUGUUAUUGUUUUUCUGUAUUUGUUAUUGUACAUGCUUUUUGUAUUUGUUAUGUUGUGCUUACAACCAUUCUUUUAGGUUUUGUGCAAGACUUUGCGAGGGUCAAAAUCGGUGACACUGCCUAAAGUAUCUAGAUUGGAAAAGUGUAUAGAUACUUGAUAUCGCAUCAACACCACCUUUCGCUUUUAUUUCAUAACUUCUUACAUUAACUACUAAUAUUAUCUAUUACAGGGACAACAAGGACCUGACGGUCCCAAGGGUAACCGGGGUAGUAAGGGUGGAAAGGUGAGUUGAUGUACAAUAGACACGCUGUAUCAAAAACAGGUAAUCCAACUUUGGCAUGUCAAUUUAUAUUAUAUAUGAGUUAUCACGUUUAGCCAUUUACUAUGAUACCUUUCUUGUAUCAUUGCGAUCAAAAAUAAACAAAUACGAUACAAUUUAAAAAUGCCGCUCGAAAUCAGAUUAUUCCACCGUUGGGAAUUGUAUGUAAAGCAAUGGAUGAUUUCAGCUGUCGACUAACUUUUUAUCUAGACAAGAAAGACGAAAUAUAUCAUUAUAGCAUCUUAAAAUUAGUAAAAUUGCAAAGUUUGAUUGCGAAUUGUUGUAAAAUAUGGAAAAUAUAGCCCUGUGAAAUUAGCAAAUUUUGAGUAUUUUAGUACCCACUUUCGACUCAAAAAUGAUUAUUUUUACCGCGCGUUGGCGCGUAAUACUAAAAUACUCAAAAAAUUUGCGAAUUUCAUAGGGCUAUAUUUUCCGUAUUUUACAACAUUUCGCAACGAAACUUUGCAAUUUUACUAAUUUUACGAUGCUCUUUUGAGCUAUAAUGAUAUAUUUCGUCUUUAUUGUCUAGGUAAAAAAUUAUUAGAAAGCUGCAAUCAUCUAUUGUCUGAGUAUUGAAAUUAUUCUCACUUGGGAUUUAAGUCGCUUGAAUAAAGCAACGCAUGUGUGAGCAUGUAAGUUUUGGUAAAUUCCCACUCGAAAUUUUGCAUUGAAAUUGAGUGGUUAGAACAUUUUACAAAACUGCACGUUUUCAGACUCAACUCACAACACCAUACGUUUCCCAAAUAGGCAACAAACAUUUGGGCAAAUGCUUCGAAUAUUUGAAGAACAUUUAAAUUCUAAAUGUGGAAAAUGCGAUUUCAAUCGACCACUUUAACUCAGAUCGUAUUUGGUCUAUUCUAUCGCAAUGAUUCGAUAAAGGUGUCAUUUGACAGCUAAAAGCCUGAUCUUUAUAAAUACGAAGCUAAAAGCCUGAUCUUUAUAAAUACGAAAACAGAAAACCUGUAACGUAAUAAUUAACGCACGAUAACCUGUCAAAGUUGCAUUACCUUUUUUUUAUACACCCUGUAUAUAUUCUACUGUAUUUAAGAUUGAAAUUUGUAUUGGUUGUAGUAUAGUUUCGAGUGCAAUUUGGAAAAAACAUGCACGAGUGAGUUUAAAGAAAGACUGUCAAAAUAGACCUUUCCCCUUUUAAGUGAAAUUUUGAUCUAGACUAGCCUGGACAAAAAUUUCAUCACAGCUUGAAAGAGCAUCACAAAAUUAGUAAUAUUCCGAAGUUUCGUUGCAAAAUGUUGUAAAAUGUGGAUAAUAUAGCUUUGCGAAGUUUGCCGUUUUUCAGUCAUUUUGUAUUACAAAUGGAAAAUUGAUAAUCAGUUUGAUCAUCUGAUUAUCAAUUUCCCGUUUGUAAUCUAAAAUGACUGAAAAACGGCAAACUUCGACAGGCUAUAUUAUCCGCAUUUUACAACAUUUUGCAACGGAACUUCGGAAUAUUACUAGUUUUGCGAUGCUCUUUCAAGCAGUGAUGAAAUUUUUGCUCAGACUUGUCUAGAUCAAAAUUUCACUUAAAAAGGGAAAGGUCUAUUGAAGUCUUUGAAAAACUCACGAGUGUAUGUUUUUUCAAAUUGUACGAGAAACAAUACUAUUACUUAUUAAUAAUAUACAUGAAAAAUUAUGCAGUCAUGUACGUAGUCGCAUUUAGAAGUCAAGAAGUUAAGAAAAUUAAGAAAUUUGAAAAAUAAAAAAUUAAGAAAAUUUAAAAUAUUAAUUUAUUACAUUCUUUUUUUUUGCACUGUAUUUCAUUUUUUGGCACUGUAUGCAUAUAUUUCGAAAAAAAUGCAUGCACUGCUCUUAGCCAAUCAGAAGUGAGAAAUUUUUUCAUGUAUAUUAUUAGGCGUUGUUAUAAUGCUCUUUAAAAUUUUCAUGUAAGAAAUCUUUUACACAUGAGAAGCACACUUUAACUUCGGGCACAUCUGCUAUAUGUGCUCUACCAUACAUAACAAUUCCAGUCGAACAACAUUUAUGUCUAACAUCUGUUAUAUGUAGAAGACAGUCCUUGAUUUUUAAAUAUGGGCCCUGUAAUUUGAGCGCAAGUAUGGGAUAUCAAGGCCUGCACGUGUAAACACAUGUUUAGUGCUUUUACUUGUUGAUGUUUUUACAAAUGGAUAUAUGUACCAAAUAUUUUCUUUGUUAUGUUUCAGGGCGACAAAGGUUAUAAAGGUGAAGCAGGAAUGGGUGGAGCUCCUGGUGGACCAGUAAGUUUUCAAAACUUGAAACGUCUUGAUGCAUGGUGGCUGCUCCGUCUGUUUGCUGCGUUUAUACACAAACGAAUUUUCGGACGAAUUGCCUGUCUUUGCCUAAAAUCGUUCAGAUUGAUCAUUCGCCUCCAGCAUACCUACAAUGGUAUUUAUGAUUGAUAAUAAGACAUAUAUAUGCAUUGGUGAGGCGUUAGUAUUUUUUGAACAACCUAGUCAUGGUAAAUUACUCUGAGAGUCUCCACACCAGGCAAGCUGAAAAAAUUGCUUGACCACGGAUCGAACCCACGACUAUUGAACCUACUACUAGUUCAACGCUCUACGGUCAAGUUGGUUCAGGAAAGUGAUAUUUCCAAACUCAAUCUAGUUUCUAAUUAACUAUGCAAUAUUUGUGUUUCAGGGUGAACAAGGAGAACGUGGUGAUGAAGGUGAUGCUGGAUCCAGUGGAAGACCUGUAAGUCACUGAUUAUCCCUACAAAACUUGUAUAUCCUCUUAUCACACAUCCAGAACCGGUUGUAUAAGAAAUGAUUAUAGAUACAUGUCUCGCUGUUUCUGAAUACUCACUCUAAUUCUUACUCUUACCUAACCAUUGAUUCUAACAUCGAGACCUGAAUCUAUAACCUAAAAAUGCACUGUACAGUGGAACUUCGUUACGGUAAUACGAUCAAGAACAGGCCACAAAUAUCAUAUGGUCGUGUUAAUCAUGUGACUGUAUUAACAGGGUAUCCUUGUAAGGAAAUGUAUUGUCUUGCUGUUCUGCAGAGGAUUUAGCAACAGGCGGACGCGAUUAGAUUGGCAACCUAAUUACUUCGCAAUUUGGCAAUAGUUGUAAAAUUAUUCUGAUAACAGUUUUCAUAAUUUCAGGGAGGUCCAGGUCUGCAAGGAAGCCGUGGCGAUCGAGGUCCAGUUGGACCAACUGUAAGUAGAGAUACAUUGCAUUAGCCCUAUUUUGAUGAUAUUGAUUAAGAGGCAAUUUUUUCAAUGUCACGUAUUUGCGAUAAAAAGUGUUCAUAACCUAAAAUAUUUUUGGCCUUGCACAGUUAGCAACCUUUUCAAAUCUAUCUGGCGGUUGAGAAACACAAAAUAAUAGUUAAAUAUUGUCAAUUUAAAUGUAAUUAUCAUUGAUGCUGUACAAUUGACAUAUAUAAGUAAAACUUACUGAACUUCAGACAUCAUUUUCUCUUUGGCGUACCAUCCAAAAUCUCUUCAUUUUAGCAUAAUUUACAGAUAAUGCACUAAACAAACUUUUUAGCUAAGUUUGUUUGCCGGCGCUUGAGGAACUAUCAAAAAUUUUAAAUUGAAUAUAGUCAUAACAAUGAAAAAAUAUAUUAAUUUAUAGUUUUGAGCGCGUGUUACGUAACAUACAAAAGAUUCUCCUCUUAAGUAUUACAAAUUGAAGUUAUAAAAUCUGCCCCCAUUCACCACGUUUACUAGAAAAUCGAAUGCUCCUAUUUAGACCCAAUUUUUCAACAAAUCUUAUAUGUUUGAAAGACAAAAAAAAUCCUAUUCCGCUUCAAUAUGGCCGAUAUUUUGGUUUUAAAGUUAUUUACUGUAACUUGAAAAUAUAAGGUCGGUUACUCCCAUUUUUUAUUUCAUAAGAAGAAUUCGUUUAGUUAUUUGUUAUGAUUUUUAAAAAAAUCGAAAAGUACAUUUUUUAAGGUGGCUCGAUACACUUUUCAAAAAUUCAGGUGUUCAACACUUUGCAUGUUCAAACUACGCAUUUUUAGGGUUUAUUCAGCAGAUAUUGGGAGUUUUAUAUAUUUUGAUAUCUCUACUUUCAAAUAUAUUAGUUUUAGUAACAGAUAGUUCGUUGCUAUGACCACAUACGUGUACGAAAUUCACUCCAAAAUGGCCUAUCGCCUCGUAUAGUUGGAAAAGAAGCAUGGUGACCCCCAAUUUGUUUUCGUGCAUUAUUUUACUUGGAAGAAAAGCUAACAAUUAGCCAAAUAUAAAAAAAUUCUGUAAUGCCAUUUCUUGGAAAAUGCGAAAGUGUCGUAUUCUUCGGUAAAAUGUUUUUGGCAUUACAGAAUUUUUUUUAUAUAAUGAAAGUUUUCAGCGGUGCAAUACAGCAUGCAAAAUUUGAACAUAGGUCACCAGACAAAAUAGAGAGAUAUAGCACAUUGUUUUUGUAAAAUGGAAAAUUCUAAUGACGUCAGCAAUUAAUUCUAAUGACGUCAGCAAUUGACAUAAAACACUAUAGAACACGCGCAAUGACGUGACAUGGUGCGAGCAACUGCUCACUCCAGGUCAUUUUUGGAAGUUCUUUCAUUUUGUUGUUAAUCAGUUUCCGCGACUUGCGCGUAAAAAUGGUCACCCGGUUUUGUUCGCGAUCCUUGAGCGGAAUGUUUAGUGAUAACUAUAUCGAGCCACCUUAAAUCACGAAAAUAAUUCAGUAUACUAAAAGAAAUCAUGCUAUAAAAUUAAAAAUGGGGGUCACCGACCUUAUUUUCGAUUUAAAUUACUUUAAACCAAAAAUAUCCGCCAUUUUGAAACGUCAUUGUUGCCACAGCAACGGUUGUUAGGAGGGAAUUUUUAAAAACUCCGAACUCCUUACUUAUUGUUUUAUUCAAAUCAGGGUACUCUUUGUUUUUCAACAAAUAAUUGUUGUCCAGAAAUUCAUGUGCAAACCACAAAUUCUUCCAUUUUUUUAAAAGUGUAUAUUAAUUAUUCUACGAUUCCUUCACAACCACUAACGCUCUCCUGCUGUCUUGCAUAUAGUUACGUUAACGGAUAAAACAAAGAAACAUUAUUGCCUUUUUAAGCGCGUUAUAUAAAAUAUCCGCCACUGUGAUUAUGCGACAAGUCUGCGGUUUAUGCACAGAAGCCUACACCAUGUCUUAUUGGAGAGCAACAUAUAGCAUUACAUAUGUAAAUAUAUAGCUCAGUGUUGAAUAGCGCGGAAGAGAGCUUGCAUUUUGCGGGCUAGGAGAGAAAAAUAUAUUUUAAAAAAUUGCAUUGUUCUAAGCCUGUGGUAUGUCAAGUCCGUUUACGCAAUUGGUGCCUUUUAUGUCGAAGUAAUCCACAGUUAUGUAGAAGAGGUACACAUCAUGAAGAUUGAGCAUCCAAGAUUUGAAGAAUAAAGAACAAAAUGUUUUAUGUUCUAGGGAUCACCUGGAUUAAAUGGCAUUGCAGGAGAUGACGGAUUGGCUGGAGCUAAGGUAAUUCCAAUUUGAUCACUCAAAGCCUUGAGAGGUUUAAAGGGACGAUUUUCUGGGGAAAAUAUGCACGUGGGUAACCUAUGACUAUUUUAUUCACUCAGUCAGUCGUUUAGCUUAGUAACGUUUUAACAAGGUUUUUCAAUCAUGGAAGUUUGACAAUUCAGCAAAUUAUUUCAUAUAAUAGUAUGACUUGGAUAAAUGUCGAACCUACCCUACCCUAACGCUUAAAUUACUUUUUUCUCAGGGUAACCGUGGUCAACCUGGAAGAGAUGGUAAGACUGGACCACCAGGUCCUCCUGGUAAUCUUGGUUAUGAUGGUUCUCCUGGUGUGGAUGGUGAAUCUGGGGAGACGGUAAGAUUUUAGUCACGCCCUCUAUAUUUUUACCGUAAAGAACUGUGCGCGUUUCAGUAACCGUUACUGGGCAGAUCAUGAUGAACUUUAGAAAUAUCGGCACUCGUAAGGUCAAGCAAAUUAAAUUUCUUAAUUUUUUUUAUUUGCCAUGGAUUACAUGUUAAAUACACAAAAUGCAAAGAAUUCAUAUUUUUUUGACUCCAGCUGCGCUUCUAUCGAAGAAUCCGGCAAUGUCUCUGCCUCAAAUCGCUUAAUAAUUGUUUUAAUAUCUCCCCUGAAUAGCUGCUUAUAAUGUAGUAAUUGACCGAUAAUCGGUAUCGAUCGGGCUGAUUUUUGCCUUACUGCAUUUCCGAUUGUGUGAAACCGAUUGUUAAGAUAUGCACUUUAAAAAUUAUAUACAUUGCGCGCAGGUAUACAUUGCGCGCAGGUACAAAUUAACAUGUGAAGCGUGCCAUAAUUUAUGACCGCUUUUAAUUAACCAACUUUGGUUGCAGUAUAAACAUGGGUACGUUGGAAAUUAUCGUAAAAAAAUUGAAAUGAAUGACGUUACCUUUACUCAGUCGACUGACAUUAUGACGUCAUUAUAAAAGUUGUUAUGCAUAGUAAUAGAUUUUUAUUAUAGGGUGAUGCUGGUCCAAAAGGUGCUCAGGGUGCAAAAGGUUCCAAGGGAGCCCAG